UCUGGAUAUGGAGCAGACCGGGCAGCGAAACGCCUCUACUUCUGCCACUGUAAAAGGGGAAAGCUGUGCCUCCACCACUGAGGAAGUCCUGCCCCCUACUGGCUUCUCAGGGAAGGUGGGCAAAGGUUCAGUGUCAGUGCGCUCACCUUCCCCCAGAGACCCUGCUUCCUCCUCUUGCUCCUCCUCCUCAGCCUCCACUACCUCGAACACAGAGCAUCAGAGCAGCGACACCAGUGCAUCUGAAGCAGUGAAACACAGCCAUGAGACAGAGAACACCACUGACACCAGGCACCUUCCACCUGGGUGGGUGCAAAGAAAAGACUCACAUGGCAGGACAUAUUAUGUGGAUGUGAACACAAGAACCACUACAUGGCAGAUACCACAACCCCUUCUGCCUGGGUGGGAGAAGUGUGUUGACAACGUGGGUCGGAUCUACUAUCUGGACCACAACAGUAGGACCACCAGCUGGCAGCAGCCCACCAAGGAAUCUGUACAAAAUUUCAAGCAGUGGCAGUCACAGUGGAGCGAGCUGCAGGGGGACGUGUACCAGGUGAACCGGAGACACCGUUACUCAUCUGCCAUGAUGUCAGCAGAGAAUGAUCCUUUGGGGCCCCUGCCUGAUGACUGGGAGCGAUGCAAAGACUCUAAUGGCCAAGUGUACUUUGUGAAUCACUCCAAAAAGACCACCCAAUGGGAGGACCCCCGUACACAAACCCUGCCAAAUGAUGACUCAUUGCCUGAGGGUUGGGAGAUGUGCUGCACUCGGAAGGGGGUCCGCUUCUUUGUUGAGCAGAACACUAGAAAGACCACCUUCUGUGACCCACGCACUGGAAAGUACUCCAUUACCAAAUCUCUGCAGAUGAUGUAUGAGGUCAGCUUCAGGUGGAAGCAGGCACAUUUCCGCAGUCGUUGUCAGUCAUGUGCUGUUUCUGGCCAUGUGAAUAUCAUGGUGUCUCGACAGACAUUAUUUGAAGACUCUUUUCACCAGAUCAUGGAUCUAAAUCCACAAGACCUGCGGAAAAAACCAAAUAUCACCUUUCUUGGGGAACCAGGAUUAGAUCACGGUGGCCUGACAAGGGAAUGGUUUUUCCUGCUUUCUCACGAUGUGUUCAACCCCUCAUACUGUCUUUUUGAAUAUGCUGGGAAAAGCAAUUACAGUCUGACGAUCAGCCCAGCCUCCACCAUUUACCCUGAUAACCUGUCUUGCUUCUGCUUUGUCGGCCGUUUCAUUGCCAUGGCAGCAUUUCAUGGAAGGUUCAUCACAUCGGGCUUCUCACUGCCCUUAUACAAAUGCAUGCUCCAGAAAAAACUUACCAUCAAGGACUUGGAGUCAGUUGAUCCUGUGUUCUACAACUCCCUCAUCUGGAUAAGAGACAACAACAUUGAAGAGUGUGGCUUGGAUUUGUGCUUCUCUGUGGACAUUGAGGUCCUGGGCCAGAUCAUCACACAUGACCUGAAGCCUGAUGGGUCCAAUGUGUCAGUGAAUGAGGAUAACAAGGAAGAGUACAUCAGGCUGAUUGCAGAGUGGCAGUUCUUCAAGGGGAUGGAUGAACAAAUAAAAGCAUUCCUGAAGGGAUUCAGUGAAGUUGUGCCCCUGCCGUGGCUGCAGUACUUUGAUGCAAAGGAUCUGGAGAUGAUGCUUUGUGGAGUGCAGGAGGUGGACCUGGAUGACUGGCAGAGGAAUACAGUAUACCGCAUCUACACCAGGAAUAGUAAGCAGAUCAUCUGGUUCUGGAAGUUCGUGAAGGAGGCCGACAAUGAGGUGCGUCUCCAGCUGUUGCAAUUUGUCACUGGAACUAAACGUCUUCCUCUAGGGGGCUUUGCAGAGCUAAUAGGAAGCAGUGGUCCACAUAAAUUCUGUAUUCAAAAAGUUGGAAAGCAUACCCAGUUGCCCCGCAGUCAGACUUGCUCUAACACUUUGGACUUGCCCCCGUAUAAAAGUUACAUGCAGCUGAAGAAGAAGCUGCUCUUUGCCAUGGAAGAAACAGAAGGAUUUGGAAAAAAAUAAAUGGUGGCAGAGAAGAUGACAUCGAAACCAUCCACUCAAGAUUAAACGAUGUCACAGAAGCAACUACAUCUAGUAUACAGAUUACAAGACUUGUUAUACAAGUCAAACUUGAGGUGAUUAAAUGUACUUGAAAACAAAAAGGUCACAGUGUACAAGCGAGGAGUACAAAAGAGCACUAUCAGUUUGAAGAAACCAAUUUAUUUACUGAUCAU